AUCAAUCAAUUACUCAAUUGACAUCAAUCAAUUACUCAAUUGACAUCAAUCAAUUACUCAAUUGACAUCACGUCAAUUGACGCUACUGGUCGACCAGGCAUCACGUGCGCGCAACUCUAGGUAUAUAAAGGGAGUAGAACCCCCCGGGCAUACUUUUCAACUCACCAACGACAGUAUCAUGAGUCUUAGUGAAGGAACCAAAUUUCCAGAAGGAGUUGAAUUCUCCUAUAUCCCAAUUGAAUUUGCCACGCUUGCCCAAGAUGAUGGGUUGGCUUGUGCUAAACCAUUACCCUUGAAGUUAGAUAAGUUAUUUAAAGAUCACUCCGGUACCAAUACUGCUUUUGUAUUUGUUCCAGGAGCAUUUACUCCAACCUGUACUGAAGACCAUAUUCCGGGGAUAUUGAAACAAUUGAAGCAAUUGAAGAGGGAACAGAACAUUGGAGCAGUUGUGAUUGCCAGUGCCAAUGAUCCAUUUGUUAUUAAUGCCUGGGGGAAAUUGUUACUCAAACAAUUGGGGAUUAGGGGAAGUGAAGAAAAUCCCAAGAUUAUCUUUGCCAGCGACGGGAAUGCAUCAUUCAGUGGGAAAUACUCUAAUAGUUUAGAUUUGUCUAGUAAAGGAUUUGGUGUUAGAACCGCCAGAUACGCUUUUAUUGUUGGACAAGACCAAACCAUUAAAUAUUUUGGUAAAGAAGAGGUUAGUGGGGUCAAUAAGAGCGGUAUUGAUGCGUUAAUGAAUGCAAAAUUAUAAUUCUACAUAAUUGAUGAUGUAUAAUAAUUCUACAUAAUUGAUGAUGUAUAUUUUAUCUUAUU